CCGUAGCCGGGCAAUCCAACCAAGCAUAAAUAUAUGAGCUAGCUCACACUCAACUAACUCAUUAAGGUUCUUCAGAAUUUCACUUUUGGAACCAAAGUAGAACAUGAUGAACAGAACCAGCACAAAACCCCUGAGGAGAUCAGGGACAUCUCUAGUAGCAACGAAAAGAUUGAAUAAUACCUCUUCGUUCUCAAUGGGACAAGCUCCACUCUCAGCUGCAAAGACCAAGGAUGGUAACCAGCCAUCUCCCACUCCAACCUACAUAGAGUUCCCAACAUCUCCCCAGCCACCUGAUGAUCACACCGGGUAUCAUGCUAAUCACAAUGGAACCAUUGUUCAUCAUACUCACUCAAAGCACCCACUUGCAGAGAUUACUCUCUCGGAACUAUUUACUUGCUCAGGUUGCAAGGAGUUUGGCACUGGCCGUAGGUAUGCAUGCCAAGAUUGUGAUUAUCAGCUUCAUCACUUCUGUGCCUUAUCACCACCCUCUCUUAAGGCUCAUCCUUUCCAUGGCCAGCACCAACUCGUCUUCCAUGCUAAACCCAGACAAGUUAACGCUGGAAUAGCGUGGCCAAGGUGUGAUGUCUGCUCCAAGUCCACCAAAGGAUUCACAUUUAGAUGUAGAGUCAACUCCUGUAAUUUCCAGAUGCAUCCAUGUUGUGCCAUGCUUUCUACCGAGAUUAAAUUUCCCAAUCAUCAGCACCGACUAAAAGUCUUACCACCAGGAAACGCUUUGUUGGGUGGCGCUGGUGGUGGUCAUGAUCAAGCAGGAAUUGUAUGCGGUGAAUGCAAGCAGAAAAGAUCAUCAGGUCGCGUGUACAGCUGCACAGUCUGUGACUACCAUCUUCAUGCACUGUGUGCUAAGUCCAUGAUCAAUGGCCUCCAAGAAUAUGGAAUCAAGCCUCCUGAGAAGCCCAAUAUGCUUGGGACUGCUGCUCGUGUUGCUUCUCAGGUUUUUAUCAAAGCUAUUGGCGGUCUUAUUGAAGGAUUUGGAGAAGGGGUCGGAGAAGUUCUGGUUCAGAAUAUUGGGAGAGGAAGAAGAAGGAGUAACAGAAGAAGAAUGGAUGAAGCAUGCCCCAAUCCACAGGCAGCACCAUUCCCUCCCAAAUAAUAUUUCCAAACCCCUUCCCCUCCAUUUUCUUUCACUCUCAAGAAAGUGGAACAAAAUGCAAAUAAAUAUUCCUUAUCAUUAUUAUGCUUAAAAGAACAUAAGAAUUUCUUUGUUAAAUUGUUUAAUAGCUUAACUUGUUGAAGCUUUUUAAUGAUGCAGAAUGAAUAAAUUUCUAGAUAUUACAAAAAGGAUGCAUGUCACAUAAUAUAUAACAAGAAGUAACAUUUUGCUUCGCUAUCA